AUGAAGCAGUCACCCAGUUGCGCAUGUGGCGGCAACUGCCACGAGGGAGACAUUUUCUCCGCAGCUGCAGCCGCAGCAAGCGUACUGUGCAACAGUGCAUGCGAGGACGAGCUGCUGCUGCUACCCCACGGCCAGCUGCAGCGUCUCCGCAGCAACAACGCGUAUUGCUGCCUGGAGGCAGCAGCAACUGCUGCAGAGCUGCUUCAGCAGCAGCUGCAGCACCAGCUGCUCCCACCAGGACCGGCAGCAGCGGCUUUGCUGCUGGAGGUGUGUGAAGCAGCGGCAGAAAUCCUUCUCCGUGCUCAUCGGCUGCGACGUUCGUUCGCUAUCAAGCAGGCCGCCAUCCAGCUCCUCGUUUCUGCUGCUGCUGCGGCUGUACAGACAGCAGGAUCGACAGUGGUUCUGCCGCUUUUGCAGCUAUUGCCAUCGUGCAUCAGAGAUACAGCAGCUUCGACGGCCUCAUCACACGCAGCAGAAGUACUCCGCUUUUCUGGUGAGUGGCAGGCAGCCAGCAGCAAGCCAAAUGUCUUUUCUUGCUGCUGCCUCGCAGGCAAAGAUCCUUUCGACUCACGUGUCGUUCCUCUCCAAGGAGGCAGCGGCAGCGGCAGCAGUUUGCUGCUGGCAUCCGCAGACGUCUCCAGAGCAAGAGCAACACGAGAAUCUAUGGUCUGCACUCUCAGCACUUGUCUUGCUGAGGCAUCCGCCUCCUCGAGGCGAUGGAGAAGCAAGAACGCAGUGGCAGCUGCUGCAGCAAGAAGGGUCCCUUCUUCUAGCGGCAGCAGCACUGCAACUGGGCUGUGUGAAACUUCGCCUUAUCAUGCUGCUGCUGCAUUGUUGCAGGGAUGCUCCAUGCCUUCGUCUUCCAAUGAUGCACUGUAUCCGGAGCUGCUGCAGUGGAGUGCUGCUGCUGCUGCUGCUGCUGCUGCAGACGAAUGCGGAUAUAUGCGCCUUACAGCAGCAGAAACGGUUUUUGUCGCCUCAGCAGCCGUUGCCACGCGCAUGCAUACACCAGCAGCUGUUGCUGCUGCUGACAGCAUUUGUAAUGCUGCUGUAAAUCUUCUUGCUGGUGGAGAGCCACUUCUGCAGCGCCUCGCUGUUGCAGCGCUCUCAAGGUGUCUGUACAGCAGCAUGGAAGCCUCUGUUGCGUUGCUGCAGACAGCUGCGUGCUCAGGAGCAGCAGCGCAGCAGCUGUUGCUGCUGCGGCUGCUGCUCCCGUCGAAUGAUAGAGCGCCUCGAGGAGAGGUGGCAGCAGCAGCGGCAGCUGAAUUUGUCUCGGGUGUUUUGUGUGAACUCGGAGCAGUUGUUGAUCACCCUGCCUGCGUGUCGCGUGUUUUUGGUGCUGCAGUUGAGUGGCUACCAGCUAGCUGCGCUGCAAUCGCUACGCAGAGUUGGGUAAACACAAGUGUCAGCAGCAGCAGCAGCAGCAGCAGCAGCAAUGAUUUAGGAAGCGUCUCGGCUGCUGCUGCGGCAUGGCUAAAAAGCCUCUGUUUCGUAUACAGCCCCCGCUGUUGUCUGCUUCUGCUGUCAGCCUCGUUUGUCAGCCUCGGUGAUAUUUUGAAGGAUCUUUUGCUGCAGGAGCAGCAGCAGUUGCAGCAGCACUGCAUGCAGGAAGCACGCGAUUUGCAGGCGCAGCGGCUGCAGCUUUUGCAGCUGCUUGACAUGCUUCUGUGGGAGCUCCAGUCUGAGCAGCAGCAGCAGCAGCAGCACGAGGGGGUCAAGCGACUGUACGAUGUGCUGCUGCUGCUGCUCGAUGCUGCAACAGCCAGCAUUUGCCACAGCGUGCAGAAGCAACAGCAGCACCGGCAAAUCCUACCCCACAAAGAUCUGCAACAGCAGCAGCACAAGCACCACAAGCAACAGCAACAGCAGCACCACAAGCAACAGCAACAGCAGCACCACAAGCAACAGCAACAGCAGCACCACAAGCAACAGCAACAGACGGUGACAGUGUCUGCGCGUGUCAAGCAGUGCAGCAAGAGCAGCGUCUCGACGCAACCCGCCUUUGGGCAUGCGUGUCAGGAGGUUCGCACGGCUGCGAGCGAGGGAGCUGCAGUCAGAAAAGCAACGACUUUGGCUGGAGAAAGCUCCGUUCGCGCACCAGUAGCUCGUCCCCCUUCAGCUGCUGCUGCAGGAGCAGCAGCAGCGGCUGCAGUGCUCGCUUCUUACAGCUGCUCCACGGAGCUUGGAGGCUACGACGACCAUCACCGCUGCCAGCUCGUGCAUCUGCCCAUUGCCGCGCAGCAAGAGGCUUUCAUCCUGCUCGACAUGCUGCAGCAGCUGCUUCCACAGAGAGCUCCCUGCAGCGCACUGCUGCCGCGGCUGGCGCGGCUGUUUCUGCUCCACAAAAUCGCCCACGAUAUGCUUGAAAAAAGGCCUCCUUGCAGCAACAAAGAUAGCAGCAACAAAGAUAGCGGCAACAAAGAGAGCAGCGAGGAGGGCAGCAGCAGCAGCAUGAGCAUGAGCAUGAGCAUGAGCAUGAGCAUGAGCAUGAGCAUGAGCAUGCAGCAGCAGCUGCUUUCCGGAUGCUGCACCCUCUGUGAGCAUGCAGUGUCUCUGCUUCGCUGUUUCUACCGCCGCUUGCAGGGCAGUGCCUUGGUCUCCUUGCUGCUCAUGCUCGUGCAUUACACUCCGCUAGGCAGCCAACGCGACAGGAGCUGUCGCUGCUCUGGAGGCUUGGAAAUGCUGCAUCUCCUCACCCCAGUAGUUCGACAGUGCUCUGCAGGGCUAAUCAAAGAGCACGCUGCAAGUUUUUUGCUGCCCGCGAUGUCUCCUUCCGAGGUGUCUGCGUGGAUGCGGUGUGCUGCGGCAGCAGACAGCUGCAACAGAUUGCUGAGUCAUUCAGGCUCGACGCUGCAGUUGUUGCUGCCCUUGCUGCAGCAGCAGCACGAGCAGCAGCAGCUGCAGCAGCAACAGCAGCAGCAGCAAUUCGACCCGUGGAGUUUGCUGCUGACAGCGCGGGAGCUGCGGAGGCUUGGCUUCCAUCAGGAGGCUUUGCAUGUCACGAGCAGCAGCAGCAGCAGCAGCACGAGCAGCAGCAGCACGAGCAGCAGCAGCAGCAGCAGCAGCAGUAGAAGGCUGCUCUGGCUGUCAAGCCUUCCCCGAUUGCUGCAAGGCUUGGUGGGGGGAACGCAGACACCUGCGCAGCAGCACGAGCUGCUGCUGCUUUUGCGCGCGUGCAUCCCCACGCAUUGCUUGGAGUUUCUUCCAGUUUUUUCACCGCCGCAGACAGCCGGAGAGGCAGACAUUGAACUUCGCGUUACAGCGAUGCGUCAAGGUGUGGCUUGCGACGUGCUGGAGGCUGCAAGCGCUGCGGUUCUGCGCUGCUGCUGCCGAAUGACUUUGGCCAAGUGGACAGACACCUUGAGAGGCCUCCCAAUCGGCAGCAGCUGCGCGGAUGCAGACUCCCUCUCCCCAACUCUCGAUGCUUCCGCUGCAACAUCUCUCCUGCGUUACGCUGCAGCAGCAGCUGCCGCACCUGCUGCUGCUGCUGCUGCUGCUGCGGACUGUCCGGCUGUCUCGACAGUUGCUGCAGCUUGCUGGCGAUCCUGGGGGCUUGCGAUUUUGCGCGCUGUAGUUCCCCUACGAGAGUUAAGCAAGCAAAACGACGAGCAGCAACAGCAACAGAAGAAGCAGGAGGCUGGAUGUGCAGUGCAGCUGCAAGCGGUGGAAGGGCCUCUUCUUCCAGAGGCUUUGCUUUGCUGGCAGAAGCAGCAAGAAUCAGAUGACAGGAGGAAAAACAUUUCUACCAGUUGUGGAAUCCAUUUAUCGCCUUGUGCUCAACACAUGUUGCUGCUGGAAGCCUUGCGGGCAUUACUUCGAGCUGCAAGUCUCACAGCAACAGCUGCAGCUACACAAUCAGCAGAAUGCAUGGAAUUAGGGAUGGCUGUCGUUCUAGCCGCAGGAUUGGCCGCUUCAGUCGAUUCUGCAGCAGUUGAUUCUGCAGCAGUCGAUUCAGCAGCGGAGCACUUGAUCGCCAGCGAGAUGUCAGGAUUGCUACAGUUGCAACAGCCCGCGCUGCUGCAGCAAUUACUCUCCAGAGUAGCGGCUUCAUGUGACUCCCGCGAGGAACGGAUCUACACGCGGAUACUUGUUGAGCAAGGUUUCCCAGUGUUGGUGCGCGCGGCUACAGCGGCUUCGACAGCUGCAGCAAUCACGAGGCCUAUGUUGCUGCAGGAGGCAACCUGGCUGCAGCAGCAGCUCCUGCAGGUGUCUGUACACCUCGGAGAAAGAUGGAUCUCUGCUCUCGACGCAGCUAGCCAUGUAGCCUUCGAUCAAAAGCAGCCCGCGGAAGCCGUGCGCAUGCUCCUGCCUCUGCAUCGAGCGACGCUGGAAGGACCAAAGUGCCUUGGCGACGCCUUAUUUCUUCAGCAGCAUGGAGCUGAUCUGCAGCGGGCUUACCUUGGCGUGCAGGCUUUUCUUGCUCUUGGCAAGCUUGGCAUACGCAUUCACCGCGUGUUACCACUAGCUGUAGUGCUCCCCACAAAGGAACGACCACGGCUGCUGGCGAUGGAGGGAGAAGACGGUAUUUGCUACAGAUUCAUUCUGAAGGCGCAUGAAGAUCUUCGACAGCAACAACGCAUCAUGCUCGUAUGCCUUUCUACGUGUGCUGCUGCUGCUGUGUCUGCGACUACUGCUGCGGCGAGUUUCCGCUCCUACGCUCAAGGAUCUCAUGACGCAGCACCGGAGAAUGCAGCGGCUGCCGCUGAACCUUGA